AUGGUACGAAGUCUGCUGUCCGCCGCCUUUACGGCGACAGUACUGGUAGGCACAGCGCUUGCCGGAGCAAAAUGCACAAAGGAUAGCCACUGUCCUCAGGACACGCCCUGCUGCUCUCUAUAUGGCGACUGCGGUGUCGGCGCUUUCUGCCUCGGUGGCUGCGAUCCCCUCAUGUCACACAGCUUCGACUCGUGCGUUCCCGGUCCCGUAUGCAAAUCCGGAAAAUACACACUAGACAACCUCGACGACGUGCAGACCAUCGACAAGUACCUCGGCGAUGCCUCCAAGAUCAACUGGCAGUCGCAGGGCAUGCCCACCAUAUACACAGACCCCAAGACCAAGGAGAAGUCAACGCUCUUGACUAUGGCGCAAGGGACAGUCGGGACACUACUGGCAUCUACCUACUACGUUUGGUAUGGCAAGAUCUGCUCCAAGCUUUCCACGGCACAGGGCAAGGGUGUCGUCACUGCCUUCAUUCUUAUGUCGGAUGUUAAGGACGAGAUCGACUUUGAGUGGGUUGGCGUGGACACAAGCCACGUGCAGUCCAACUUCUACUCGCAGGGUGUCACAGUGUACACCAACGGCGAGAACCUUACUGUACCGGACGCGAACACGGUCGAGACCAUGCACGAAUACUGCGUUGACUGGAAGGAAGACACCCUGAUAUGGUCCAUCAACGGCAAGGAACAACGCAGACUCGAGCGCUCCGACACAUGGAACAAGACAUCCGGCCGCUUCGACUACCCCCAGACACCCGCGCGCAUCAUGCUUUCUCUCUGGCCUGCCGGUCUGCCUUCGAACGAAAAGGGUACCAUUGAGUGGGCGGGCGGAGAGAUCGACUGGAACUCGCCCUACAUGACCAACGGAUACUACGCCGCCCGCUUCUCGGAAGUCACCGUCGAGUGCUACGACCCACCGGAGGGUGCGCAGAUCAAGGGAAAGAAGACCUACAAGUACACGGAUGAAGCCGGUACUAACAACACCGUCGCCAUCACAGACGAUUUAGUCGUUCUGGGCUCGCUCAUGGGCACCGGCGAGAACCCAGGAGAGGCCAAGGACAAAGACGACGAUUCCAAGGCCACCGACGUUGCCAUGGUACCUGGCGGUAACCCUGGAGGUGGCGCUGGACGAGAAGUCGCCGAGACAUCAGCUGCCGUACAACCAAACUCGCCUGCGCAAGAGACAGGUUCGUCUGGAAGCGGCGCCACCGCUGAAGGCCAGUUCGUUCAAGGUACAACUGGCAGCACUGGUGCUGGAUCCGUCAUUCAGCCCGGCCUCGGACGCAUGGGAGGAUCCGUCUUCGCCAUCAUUGUCGCCAUCAUGGGCUUGAUCGCGUUAUAA